CCGUUUGCCCUUGUUGAAACACUUUUCCUUCAUCGCCGCUGGCCUUCCUAGGGUUUCUCUUCUCCGCCGCUCCGUCUGCCCGAUAGCCGCCGGUAGCUGCGAUACCUUCGUCGUUGGUGGGGUUUUAUUUCCGUUUCUGGCUCCGCUCUCGCCGAAGACGAUGGAUCUCUCCCCCCGCACUGAGAAUUACAUCAAAGAAUCCAUCGAGAGCUCGCUGGGUCUCCCGGUCUCCGUCAAGAGUCUCAGCCUGAAACUGAUCGCCUCGGAGGACGCCCGGCACCGCCUCCAAGAUCAAGUAUUUGUCUUGGAAGAGCGCCUCAAGGAGUCGGACAAGAGAAUGGAGCAGUAUAGGGCGGAGGCGAGCAUGAACGCCCAGGGAGUGAGGAGAUGCGUGGAGGAGAAGGAGAUGUAUGUGGCAAAGUACGGUGAUUUGUUGAAUCACUCCCGCAAGCUGGAGGAGGAAUGCUCUUUAUAUGAGCGUGACUUGGAGAGAAUCAUGGAUUCGUGCGACGAGUUUGGGAAGGAGAAUGAGGAGCUACGAUUGAGGCUGCAAGGUGCUUCUAACCUGGAGUCGUUGGCUACCGAAAUUGAGUCCCUGAACAUGGACAAGGAACAUUUAAGGAUAAAUCUUCACAGAGCUGAAGAGGAGGUCAAGGUUCUUUUCCAAGAGAACAAAAUGCUGGAUGAAGAGAACAAGAGGCUGCUAGAAUUACUGAAAAGAGAGAGGCAGCAACAAGGAUCCAACAGCCACAAGCGUUCCGCAAGCGCUUCUGCUAAAGGUAAACGCAAGUCAAGCGCGAAUGAUGAAAGUCCUUUCGGACGAAGGAUUGAUUUUGAAUCUGCAGAUUCGUCAAGACUGCCUUUGUCACCAAUCCAUCAGAACUCUCCCGAGUCUAGAAUGCAUAAGAAGUGAGAAACCACUAGCGUUCUCUUGACCUCAUGUUAAAGCAAUGUUCUCUAAAUUUGACAACCUGCUUGGUGUGCCCUUGUUGAGUUCAACAAUUGCUGUUCUUGUCCUACUAAGAACUGAUCGUUUUGAUUGCUCAUAUAUAUCAAGUACAGUAAAAUAGUUUGGUAGCUUUGUGGCUGUUAACAAAAGUAAAAGUUCCUUAGAAUUUGAGGUCUUUGUAAAGAUUGAACAAACGUACUGAUUGCAUCAUGCUAGUCUCCGUUAAUUGACUAGAUGCUGAACAUCCAACAUGUAUGUGUAUUAAGCCAAAUAUGAGUGAAUAAGGCUGUUGAAUGUUGACUCGAA